AUGGGAGAACAAAGCAACCGUGGCCAUCCUUUCUCUGGCCUUAAGAAGAGAGGCCAAUCAAGUCGUUCGUGGGUGAAGAUUGAUGAGAAUGGGAACUCGACGGUUUUGGAGCUCGACAAGGCAACUAUAAUGAAGCGUUGUUCCUUACCGUCCAGAGACUUGAGACUUCUUGACCCUUUGUUUAUCUAUCCGUCGAGUAUCUUGGGGCGUGAGAGGGCGAUAGUGGUUAGUCUUGAGAAGAUCAGGUGUAUAAUCACAGCGGAGGAGGUUAUUCUCAUGAAUGCUAGGGAUGCAUCUGUUGUUCAGUACCAGUCCGAACUGUGCAAACGCCUCCAGACGAACCAAAACCUAAAUGUCAAAGAUGAUUUGCCGUUUGAAUUUAAAGCAUUGGAGCUGGUUUUGGAAUUAUCUUGCUUGUCUUUAGAUUCACAGGUGAAUGAGCUUGAGAUGGAAGUGUAUCCUGUUCUUGAUGAAUUAGCAUCAAACAUCAGCACGCUUAAUCUAGAACACGUGCGGAGGUUAAAAGGUCGUCUUCUUGCCUUAACACAGAAAGUCCAGAAGGUUUGUGAUGAGAUAGAACACUUGAUGGAUGAUGAUGAUGACAUGGCUGAGAUGUAUUUGACUGAGAAGAAAGAAAGAGCUGAGGCUCAUGCUUCUUCAGGGGAGCUAGAAGAUGAUAAUAACCUCGACGAGGAGUUUGAUGGAUCUUCUUCAGGGAUACAUUCAAAGUCUGCGCCGGUUUCGCCUGUUGGCUCAACAGCUGGAAACUUUGGGAAGCUUCAGAGAGCCUUUAGCAGCAUCGUUAGCUCACACAGAAGCUUGUUGAGCUCCUCUAGCAGCGGAGAGAACAUUGAUCAAUUAGAGAUGUUGCUAGAAGCUUACUUCAUCGUUGUUGAUAAUACUCUCAGCAAACUAUCAUCGCUCAAGGAGUAUAUAGAUGAUACAGAGGAUCUGAUCAACAUUAAGCUGGGAAAUGUACAGAAUCAGUUGAUUCAGUUUCAACUGCUUCUCACGGCGGCGACCUUUGUGGCAGCCAUUUUCGCGGCUGUAACCGCGGUUUUCGGGAUGAAUCUGAAAGACUCUGUUUUCAAUGAACCGGCCACGUUCCAGUGGGUUUUGCUUGUGACAGGUAUUGGAUGCGGUUUUUUGUAUUUUGGAUUUGUGUUAUACUUCAAGCACAAGAAAGUGUUCCCACUCUAA